AUGAAUGAACGCGACCCGACCAUUCAUCGAUAUGUCGAGGUUCGUUGCAUUGCAGAGUCUGUAUGCUGUACGGGAUCCGAUCUGCGAGACACUGUCGACGCCCUUUGUUGGCUUGGUCUUGGAGUGACCCUAGGGAGGGGUUGGGAGAAAUCUGUCCGCCGAGGCGAUAUACGAAAUCAAGAGUUGAGCUUGCUUAGCGCUGCAGCCUUUGUGGGCAAUGUGACUCUGGUUGAGUGUUUGCUGGAAACAGGAAUUGACCCAACGCAGAGUGAUGGGAUCUUUCCGUCCGCAAUAGAGGCAGCUGCGCUGGCCGGCAAUUUGGAGAUUUUCCAAAUGAUCCAGGAAAGUUUGCCGGAUACGGUUGAACCAGCCCGUGAUGAAGCCAGUCGACCUCAAUCUUUUCUCCACCAUUAUUCUUUAUCGGACAUCCAUAAUAAAGGCAAGGCUGAUAUUCAGGGGGUUGUUGGUGCUGCCAUGAAUGGAGAUAUGGAGCUCUUGGAGAUGGCACUAUACCCUCCCUCUCGCGCCGAUCCCAAUAGUACCGCCUACUUCGAAUAUAUCCCUACAGAGCCCAUCACCUUUCACCAACAACUGAAAACGCAACGACUACUUGAAAGAGCACAAUUCUUCGCGAAAAACUGGGAGGUUUAUUCUAGAUUGGCUUCUCUUCUCCCUGAGCCAAGUGCCAGUCUUCGCCGCGGACUUAUAAGACGCUUUGCAGAGUAUGGCAACCUAAAUAUCGUCAGGAACUUACUGGACAAUGGGUGCCAUGUCGAUGGUGAAGCUGCGGUCAGAAGGGCAGGCCAUAGAGGGACCCCUCUCUAUUUGGCUUCUCGUUAUGGGAACGCCGAUGUAGUCGACCUCCUCUUGGAACGCGGCGCUGAUGUUGAAAAAACUCGCCUGAACAAUUUCCGCCCUUUGCUUGGCGCAAUCAAAUCAGGGAAUAUCUACAUCGUCCAGAAGCUCCUCAAAUACGGAGCCAAGUGCUACCCCUACGAUAUAGUGGAAGCACUCCUUAGCGAGUAUGAGAAAAUGGUUGACUUACUCUUGGGUCAAUACACGGAGGACUGCUUGUAUGCAGGCAUGGGGAGUGAGCUCGCAAAGGAGAUGUCACGCUAUGGCUUAAGCUCAAUGUUGAAACUAUUGCAUGACCGGGGAUAUUUUCGAUACGUUGAUGGGGAAAUCGCGGCUAGUGUUGAUCUAGAAGAAGGAAGGGGGCCUUGCGAACUAUGCGGAUAUUCGCACACGGAAAGCGAUAUUUAA